UGGGAGUGGCGGGGGCGCGCUUUCGCUGAGCAGGAGAAGCCACUGACUCCGGAUUACAGGCACAGGCAGGAGUCACACAAGCGAGGAUGGCUUCAUCUCAAGGCAGGAGCGAUCUGCAGUUCGCCGAGUGGAUGGCAAGUUUGCCCGAAAGGAUCCACAGGGUCCCCCUAACCAGCUUGGCUAUUCCAGGAUCUCAUGAUUCCUUCAGUUUCUACAUUGAUGAGGCCUCUCCUGUUGGACCAGAGCAGCCAGAAACUGUCCAGAACUUUGUCUCUGUGUUCGGUACUGUGGCUAAAAAGCUCAUGAGAAAGUGGUUGGCCACACAGACCAUGAAUUUCACAAAUCAGCUAGAGGCGGGGAUACGGUACUUUGAUCUCCGCAUCUCAACGAAGCCUAGAGACCCUGAUAAUGAGUUGUAUUUUGCUCAUGGAUUAUUUAGUGCCAAAGUCAAUGAAGGCCUUGAAGAGAUUAAUGCCUACCUGUCUGACCACACUAAAGAAGUGGUGUUCUUGGACUUCAAUCACUUCUAUGGGAUGCAAAAAUACCAUCAUGAAAACCUUGUACAGAUGCUCAGAGACAUAUUUGGGAAGAAAAUCUGCCCAGUUAUAUUCGCCCAGGAGGUGUGUCUUAAGUAUCUCUGGGAGAGGAAUUAUCAAAUUUUGGUGUUUUAUCAUAGUCCAGUGGCCCUUGAAGUUCCUUUCCUAUGGCCAGGGCAAAUGAUGCCGGCUCCCUGGGCAAAUACAACAGACACUGAAAAACUGAUUCAGUUCCUGCAGUCUUCAAUCACUGAGCGGAGGAAGAAAGGUUCAUUUUUUAUAUCUCAGGUGGUACUUACGCCCAAAGCUAGUACUGUGGUCAAAGGAGUGGCCAGUGGCCUCAGAGAAACGAUAACAGAAAGGGCUCUCCCCGCCAUGAUGCAUUGGGUUCGGACUCAGAAACCCGGAGAAAGUGGAAUCAAUAUCGUCACCGCUGAUUUUGUAGAAUUAGGCGACUUUAUCAGCACUGUCAUAAGGCUGAACUAUCUCCUGGACGAAGAGGACAGCAUGACUUGAUGGUUCCCGGGCCCCUUCUCCGAACACUAAAUGCUGCAGUGUAAUUGUAUUAGCAGUGAUAUUGUCACACACAGAAAUCUUCCUACCACAUCAUGAAUUUCUGAGUUGCGUCUUGUGGCUAGAGGGCUAAGGGGGUGCUUAAACGUACUUUUUUUUUUCAAUUGCAUAUGAAACGAAAGACAUUUCGGAUGGUUUAUGGUAUUUAUAUAGAUUUAGUGGGCUUUGCUCUUUACCCCGCCCCCCCC